CCUCACUGGAGACCCUCGGACUAUGUACAAAUUGACAGGAUUUAAUCUAAGAGCCAGACGUUCAGAUAAACAUGUUUUGCAAUCUGACAAAAUGUUCAGCAAACUCUAAUAUAUUAAUAAUUAACAGUUUUCAAUGCCAUUGCAAAUGUUUGUGAGUGUGGGGAUCUGCCUCGCAUCAGAGUACAUAGUCCUGGGUUCCGUGUACUCAUGGUGGGAUGAUGAAGACUUUGCAGAAGAUUGCUUUGGUGGUUGGAUGCCUUUCUCUGGCUUUUGUCGCUUCUUCUGCUCGCUCCACCGGGAGAGAAGUGGCUUUGGCAGCCGUGGAUCGCUACAACAAUCUGACCGCACCAACCAGCCCAUUCAAGCUGCUCCAGGUUACUGUUGUGAAGACCCAGACUAAGUCUCAUCGAACCAUGUAUGAAGUUAACUUCCUUACGAUGGAGACAUUCUGUAAUCCAGAUGGGGUGGUCAUGGAUGUAUCCGAUUGUCCUUUCAAGGAGAAUGGUGUGAAGAUGAAGUGUGUCACAAGAGCUGUACAAUCUCGAAGUCCCACACAACUUAGAUUCCACGGUGUCGAAUGUCACCAGGUUCCGGAACAGGUUGAUUUGCCGGUGUUGGCGAGACAGGAGGGCUGACCUCAACAUUGUCCACAUCUUCAUCGCAAACCUACAGCGAAUCAUUCUACAGACACAACCUAAAUACUUUGGCGACACUGAGCUGGGAGAGAAUGUUCCGAAUGAAAAGCUGGGAGGGGCGGCGACUCAGAGUAAAAUAUUUCCUUUUUUGAAAAUUCCUGCCAAUCUUUCUGUCAUGUCACCUUCAAAUAAAAAUAUCUAUAAUUCAA